AUGGACGCUUUGCUUCGGAAGUAUAGGGUUGUGCACAGAGUUUCUACACCUUCUUAUCCCCAGACUAAUGGACAAGCUAAUGUCUCAAAUAGGGAAAUCAACCAGAUCUUAGAAAAGAUGGUGCAGCCAAACAAGAAAGGUUGGAGCCACCGACUUGAAGAAGCACUUUGGGCUCAUAGAACAGCCUACAAAAUGCCAAUAGGAAUGUCCCCUUAUCGACUUGUUUUUGGUAAGGAAUACCACCUCCUAGUAGAAAUAGAGCAUCGUGCUUAUUGGACGGUCAAAAGUUGUUACCUUGAGAUGGAGAAAGCAUGUUUGGAGAGAAAGCUUCAAUUGCAGCAACUUGAAAAACUUACACUUGAAGUUUAUGAGAACUCUCGCAUCUAUAAGGAGAAAACUAAGUUUUCAUUGGCCAAAAAUUUUAUUGUUCAACUCUCGUUUGAAAAUUAUGGUUGGGAAACUUGGAUCGAAGUGGAUUGGCCCAUUCGUGUGUCGCGGGGCUUGUUUGCGACGGUUCUAAAAACCGUCGUUCCAACCAUCGGCAAAAUUUUGCGACGGUUCCUAACCGCUUCUACCUACAGUUUGUGA